GCUAACUCAUCUGGGAGGUCAGGUUUCCACUGGGAUGACAUUUAGGGACGUACCCAAACCGGAAACAGUGCGAGUCUUGUCAACAAAGGUGUCGCACUUGAUGAGAACAAAAUAAUGAAGACGCUAUAAAGAGAGACGAGGAGACUCAGAGUGCGUUAAAAAUGUCUAAAGCGGAUAUUCUCAGACAGUUUGUGGCGCAGAGUCUCGCCGCCGCGUCACAGGAAAUCUUAGCGGUGGUGGAGAGAACCGUGUCCGAGUACGAGGAGGAGGCUGCGGGCUUCAGGGAGCAGAUCGACCGGCAGAGGAAGCAGCUGGAGCUGCUGCAGCCACGGGUCAAACUCGAAACACUCAGCAACAUUACAAUAACAGAUGUUCGUUCAGUUACGAAACGCAGCAGGAGACACAGCGAGGAAGAGGAGGGUGGCGGCGACGAAGAUCUGGAGGAUGUGAAUAAUCAAACUCCAUCAAGACGUCCGUGUGAGCAGAACGUCGUUGACGCUCAGGAUCACGUGGACCUGAGGAUCCACGUCCUGGAAAACCCACAGACUGAAGCACUUUCAAAAAACGUCCAUAAAAAGUGUCCACGAGGUCUUCAGGAGGUGGACGUCCUGGAACUGCUUAGGUCCGACAGGGGUCGUUUGGAAUUGAAUUCGGUAACAGCGGAGGAAAUCCAGAGACGAGGGACCUCGACUGUCUUCAUCAGACCCAAGGUGCAAAAGGAAACUGAAGACUCCGAGGAAGACGCAGGAGACUCUUCCUCCCCCACAUGUGACACCAGGCAACAAAUUAGCAGUCGUCUUCAGGCGGAGGACGUUCUGACCGGGAGCUCAACAUCGCAACAAGAAGACGACGACAACAUGCUAACCGAGGAAGCUAACGACGGAGAGCGUCAAGACGAGGAAGCCGCUGCCGCUCAGAGGAAAGAGGUGGAGGAGGAGGAGGAUGAUAACGACGAAAAAGAGGAAGAUAGAGAAAAGUUGAAAGACAGCGAUGAUGAAUGGGAACCGGACAUGAGCGAGGAGGAGGAGGAGUCGAGUGACGGUGACGGUGACGGUGACGGUGAACCGAAGACAACAAAUAAACAAAAUGUCAAAUGUUCCAGUGUCACGGAGGUCGGAGCUAAAAACGCCGCUGCAUGCAACGCGUGCGGCACGCCGCGCGAGUACGCAGACGAUGCGGGAAGUGUUUGCGGCGUUUGUGGGGAACGUCCGGCGUCCACGGAGACGCCAGACCUCCAAAUUCAGAGUCGUCUCGAAACGGGCAACUGUCACAUUUGUGGCGAGACUUUCUUCAGCGUUUACGGCCGCGACGAGCACGUGGCCGCUCACUCGGGCGAGAGGCCACACAAAUGCAAUGUCUGUGCCGCGGCGUUUGCCCUGCGGGCGUCGCUGGAGAAGCAUCGGACACUCCAUGUGGAGGGAAAGCCUCACACGUGCUUCACCUGCCAUAAAGUGUGUGAACACAGGGAGGCGCUGAAGGCUCACCUCAAGACGCACGUUAUAAAAAAGAAGAAGCACCUCUGCGGCGUGUGUGGAAAGUCCCUCAGCGACUACAGGUCGCUGUCCCGUCACAAGAUGACGCACUCUGGGGAGAGGCCUCACAGCUGCCAGGUUUGUGGGCGGAGUUUCAAGCUGCCCGGGACGCUGAAGCAACACGAGAAGAUCCACACAGACCGCGAGAGGUCGUACCUGUGCGACGUCUGCUGCAAAAUGUUCCUGACGAUCAAGCAGCUGCAGAUUCACAUGCGGACGCACAGCAGCGAGAAGCCGCACCACUGCCGGGAGUGCGGCCGCGGGUUUUGCACCAAGGGGGCGCUGACCGUUCACAUGCGAAUGCACACCGGGGAGACGCCGUACCGGUGCCCCGAGUGCGGCUGGGCCUUCAAGCGCAAGAACAACCUGGACGAGCACAUGACCGUGCACUCCGGUGCCAAACCCUUCGUGUGUGGCAUCUGCGGCAAAGCGUGCGCGCGCAAAACGCACCUGACGAUCCACAUGAGGACUCACAACGGCGAGCGGCCGUACAAGUGUCGGCUGUGCGACAAAGCGUUCACACAGAGCCACUGUCUGAAGACGCACAUGAAGAGCCACCUCGCAGCGGAGGACGCGACGUAAAGCGUCUUUCUUUCCAGUGUUUCCACAAAUGGUUCAAAAUCUAUUGAUUGGUCAUGAGAGCGGCGUCCUACACAAGAAACAGACAUUUGCAUGAUGCACACAAAAGUCUUUAUUUUAACAUUUGAAUAUACAUGAGUGACCUAAAAAAAACAAAACCCUAAAGGGAAAGAAACACAAACAUGACUCUGGUUUUUGCAUAUUUGUCUUUGCCGUCACAGAUCGUAAGUAAAGAAACGCGUUACCAGUUUUGCAUAAAUUAAAUGAGCCGGACUGAG